GCCGCCUGGGGUGGCUAGUCUGUCUGUAUCAGCCUGUGUCUCAAGCACUGGUUGCACGUGAGCUCUGGUUCCACGUUCCAGCAGGCCUGUUGCAGGUUUAUGGAUGUGGGCGGGCGUCUAAGUUCCCCAGGUUGUUUCCUCUAGUCAAUAGGAGCAGGUAGAGGUCUCCUCCGCCCGUCAUCAUGGGUAAAGAGGAGAAAGAGAAGACCAAGAAGAGUGUUACUAUAGAGGAGAAUGAUGAGGUGGAUAUGGAGGAGGGCAACAGGCCCUUACAUGAGAUGCCCAACCUGCCCAAGCCUCUCACUCUGGAGGAGAAGAAGUUUCUCUUAGCUGUGGAGAGAGGUGACUGCAACACUGCCAGAAAGAUGCUGCAGAAGGCUCACCGUCACCCCACCUACAUGAACAUGAACUGCGUGGAUCCGCUGGGUCGAGGCGCCUUACACAUGUCCAUCUCUAACGAGAACUUGGAGAUGGUGGAACUGUUGGUGGUGAUGGGUGUGGAGACCAAGGACGCCCUCCUACAUGCCAUCGAUGCUGAGUUCGUGGAGGCCGUGGAGGUCUUACUUGAACACGAGGAGGUGAUCCACAAGGAGGGAGACACUUACUCGUGGGAGAAAGCUGACCGCAACACCUCAGCCUUCACGCCAGAGAUCACCCCGCUCAUCCUAGCAGCUCACAGGGAUAACUACGAGAUUCUCAAGAUCCUGCUGGACCGUGGUGCUACUCUACCCAUGCCUCAUGAUAUUAGAUGUGGUUGUCCCGAGUGUAUCAAGUCUUCCUCUGAAGAUUCAUUGCGUCACUCUAGGUCCAGGAUCAACGCCUACCGUGCCCUGGCUUCUCCUUCACUCAUUGCACUCUCCUCCACCGACCCCAUCCUCACAGCCUUCCAGCUCUCACUCGAGCUGAAGAGUCUGGCCUACACUGAGCACGAGUUCAGGGCUGAGUAUUUGGAGCUUCGUAACAAGUGCAUGAAGUUCGCUGAAGAGCUGCUGAGUCACGCUAGGUCAUCCACUGAGUUAGCGGUGAUGUUAAACUACGACCCUGACUCUGUAGUGCCCUACGAGGAGGGUAAACACAUGACCCUCAAGCGACUCGAACUGGCCAUUGACUGCAAGCAGAAGAAGUUUGUCGCCCAUCCUAACAUUCAGCAGCUGCUGGCGGCACUCUGGUACGAGGGUGUUCCAGGCUUCAGGAGGAAGGCGGUUACUGAGAAGUGUUUGGAGAUACUGAAGGUGGUGGUAUUGUUCCCGGUGUACUGUGUGUGGUACAUGGUACUACCUGACAGUGUCAUGGGUAAACUCAUGAGGACACCGUUCAUGAAGUUCCUCACUCACUCCUCUUCUUACCUCUUCUUCCUGCUGUUGUUGAUCUUGGUGUCUGUACGGUUCGAAAAUUUGGUAAUCUGGUUGUUCGGAACGGCGUCGAUGAGGCUGAACCUGGAGGAGUCUAUGAGGCGUCAAAGAGGCAACUUACCCACUCCUACUGAGUGUGUAGUGGCUCUUUGGGUGUUCGGUUUCCUGUGGGAGGAGGUGAAGGAGAUCCACGUAGAGAGUUUCAACAAGUAUAUCAAGAACAUGUGGAACCUUAUGGACAUCCUGCGUGACGGUCUCUACGUCAUCACCAUCUUCCUCAGGAUCUUUGCUUACAUCCAGCAGAACCAGGAGAUCGCGAGAGUGCCUGCGACGGCGUUCAUCCCCCGCGAGGAGUGGAACACCUUCGACCCGCAGCUCAUCUCUGAGGGGCUCUUCGCUGCAGCCAACAUCCUGUCGGCGUUGAAGCUGGUGCACAUCUUCAGCAUCAACCCUUACCUGGGUCCCCUCCAGAUCUCCCUCGGUCGCAUGGUCAUCGAUAUUGUCAAGUUCUUCUUCAUAUACACGCUCGUUCUGUUUGCCUUUGCUUGUGGUUUGACACAACUACUCUGGUAUUACAACGACCUGGAAAAACAGAAGUGCUACUCCCUGCCUGGCGGUCUGCCGGACUGGACCAAACAGAGCGACGCUUGCAUGAAGUGGCGACGAUUCCACAACCUGUUCGAGUCAUCGCAGUCACUGUUCUGGGCAGGUUUUGGCAUGGUAGGUCUGGGAGACUUUGAGCUGACUGGGAUCCGUGAGUACACUCGCUUCUGGUCCAUGUUGAUGUUCGGCUCGUACUCCGUGAUCAACAUUAUUGUCUUACUCAACCUCCUCAUCGCCAUGAUGUCCAACUCCUACUCCUUCAUCGUGGAACACGCUGACACAGAGUGGAAGUUCGCCCGUACCAAACUGUGGAUGUCUUACUUCGAGGAGGGUAAUACACUGCCCCCGCCCUUCAAUAUCUUCCCCAAUUUCAAGACCUUUCUCAGGAUGUGCGGGAAGUCCAGCAGGAAGGCGGAGCUCGUGCGUAGAAUGUCCUCCAGGACUCACUCCCGACACAAAAAAGCGCGUGACUACCGCUACUUGUCAGUGAUGCGCGCACUCAUCUGGCGCUACGUGUGCGCCCUGCAGCGACGCAACGAGGAACGCCCGGUCAAUGAGGAUGACAUCAGCGAGGUCAAGGGUGACAUCUCGUCCCUGAGGUUCGAGCUCAUUGACCUCUUCCAACACAACGGCAUGGAUGUCUCUCUGUGUGCCAAGAAGAGCAGAGCGGCGCUGGGGCGCAAGAUGCGCGUGUGGGAGCGCAGGUUGAUGAGAGACUUCCACGUGUCACCUGCCAUGGGUUCUGAAGACAACAUGGUGGAGAAGGUGGAGGUGGAACCAGAAGAGGAAAGUGCCGCUGACAGGUUCCGUAGAGUGGCGCGUCUAGCCAUGGCCAAGUCUACCUCUGGCAUCACCGGCGGUACUACUGAUUCACAGAUUGGCAGCGGCGGCGACCAUGGUCGUGAAAGCCUCAAGAUGGCCAUGGAGAAAGCCCGCAAGAAGAUGGAGGAAGGUACACCUGAUAAUUCUCCUGGCUCCUCCCGCGGCUGUUCUCCCUACCCUGACCUGUACACAGGACCACACCUGCUGGACGCCAUCAGAAGCCUCGACCUGAGCCCCAGCGCCUCACCCGCAGAGUCACCGAUGCCGCCUCACACAGAAGGCAAGCCUUGGGCUCCGCCUAAAGCUAGGGAUGGUCAAGCGACAGAUCCCAACAUGCUGACUGUGCCGGGGCGCCGCUCCUCCACCACGCUCAAGAGGGACGGUGAGGAUAGUGGGUCAGACAUCAGCCUCGAUGUUCCUGUGAGUGCCAACAUCAAGGACUCAAUUAAAUUACUUAAAAAGAAGACUGAAGUAGUCAAAGUUUCUUCUACGCCUGUAAAGCCUGUGGCAGCAGACAAAACUUCUUCCAAGCCUCCAGCAACUAUCACAACGGUAUCAGAGAAAACCCCACCUCAGGUAGGCAAAGAUGAAGCUAAAGUUCAGAAAACAGAAAUCCCGGCCUCAGCAGUGGUGUCGUUGGGAGUGCCUCAGGUUGCCAAGGAUGAACCUCAAGUCCAGAGGAAUGAUGCCAAGACAGUAUUGGAUAAAAGCUCAACCCAGAUUACCAAGGGUGAAUCUCAAGUCCAGAGGAAAGAUGCCAAUGCAGUGUUGGAGAAAAGCCCAACUCAGGUUACGAAGGAUGAAUCUCAGUUCAAGAGGAAAGAUGCCAAGGCAGUGUUAGAUAAGAGCCCAACCCAGGUUACCAAGGAUGAAUCUCAAGUCCAGAUGAAAGAUGCGAAAAAAGUGUUUGACAAGAGCGCACCGCAGGAAGACAAGGUUGCACCUCUAUUUCAGAUGAAAGAUGCCAAGGCAGUGUUCGAGAAGAGUGCGCCGCAGAUAAUAAACCAAGAUGAACGCCAAGUCCAGAUGAAAGAUGCUAAGGCAGUGUUUGAGAGACCGCCUCAGAUCAACAGAAUCAAUGUUUCAGCUCCGAAGAGAGAAAUCCAGGCCCCGAGACCCGUAGGACGUCUCCCUGGUAAAGACUCAGCACCAUUGAGGAUCCCUCCUCCAGCGGCUGUGAGUGCUCGUCGUGGACCCGAGUCUGAGCAUGCCCUACGCCGCCCCGUGCCCUCACGACCGCAACAAGUACAGCAGCAGAUGUUCACAGACUCUGACGAUCUAGAGAGCGUAGAUUUCGUCCGUCGGCCAUCACGGCCACCAGCUAAGGUGGAAUCUAACGGGAAAAGCCCACCCCCUUCCAUUGCCGUUAUCCCGUCAACUCCAAAGCCGCCAGAGUCUCCCGUGUCUUCCUCUCCUGUUCACAAGCCUCUUGUAAAAGCACAGGCUCCUCAGCCUAUGGUGAAAGCACAGGCUCCUCAGCCUGUGGUGAAAGCACAGGCUCCACAGCCUCUGGUUAAACUACCGGCUGCAGCUCCAUCAGAAGAGACCAAAGAAAUUGUACCUUCUGAAACGGCUCCUACAGAAAAGACUCCUGCAGAAGAGGCUUCUUCAGAAGCCCUUAGCAGUCCAGAACAGAAACCCUCCACUCCUCCAGCUGCUACUUUCCGCAGCAACUCCCCGUCGACCCAGAGCCAACCCUUGCUGAAGCCCACUGAGAAGAAGAGUGGGUGGUUGUAAACCUCUGGUGGCCAACAGGGACACUGACUCCUCACAACUUUAUCAGUUACCGUACCUGUCCCAUUACUAACACACCAAGCUGAAUGCCACACACCUGCCCACCAACCCCCACAUCCAGGUCAUGCCCAUACUGGCUCGGUUGCAGUUUCUGAAAUCUAUGAUAGAUGUAUAAUAGGAUUUUCCACCAGAGUAAAGAUUCAAAAAGAGAAAAGUGCGAACGUAGAUUUUUUUAUGUAUAAAUGUUCAUCUUUUAGAUUUUUUAUAAUUAUGUAAUAUAUACAAAAUUGUAUAUUAUUUUUUGUCUUUUGACUCGUGAUACUCUCCUAUUGACGUUAAUAAAACUUAUUCUACGCUGAAUUAUCCUCAAAUAUAAAUUUACAGCAAUUAAUGCAACACCAUCAUUAGAAAAUCUCCCGUUUCUCCUGACAAUGUAUGACCACCAGUAUCACUCGUCUUGUCCAGGAACCAGACCCCGAGACCUUUCAGUUGUGCUCAACACUCUGACCACUGUUACAAGUCGUGCGUGUAUGCUACAUCGUUUAUACAUAUAUUUAUAUAUAUACAAAUUAAUAAAACAGAGGGUUCAUUAUUACAGGCAAACAGUAAUAAUUUAUAUAAAUUUCUUCAGUGCCAAGAACAUCUGCCCACAUUAUAGAAAGUGAUAGUUCCCUCCAGUACACUACAUAAACACACCUCAUCAGUUUUCUUAAGUUUUCCAUAGUUUUAUUAAUGAAAAUACACAUUAACAUUUAUUUGUAGCAAGUAAACACAUGAAUUUAGGCUCGAAAUCUUUAUUUAUCUCUCUGCAGAGGACAUUUUAUCAUUGACAAAAAUCAAAUCUCAGUUUAAAAAAAAAUCUUGUUAAAAUUUUAAGUGGGUGCAAAUAAAUAGUACUUCCUUAGCUUAUAAUUUGAAUUUGAAUAAUAUAUAUAUAUAUAUAUAUAUAUAUAUAUAUAUAUAUAUAUAUAUAUAUAUAUAUAUAUAUAUAUAUAUAUAUAUAUAUAUAUAUAUAUAUAUAAUGUAUGUAUAAAUAAUGUAAAGCAAAGAUAUGCACACCGAGAGGUGUAUGUCUCUACUAUAUAUAUAGUAUAUUAAGUUUAUUUUAAUUCCUAUUUCUGGGAUUAAAAUAUUCUUGAGUGGUGAUGGAAAAGUUAUAUGCAGCCUUAAUGAUCUCGUGUAGUUGACAGGUUUUAAGAUCAUGUAACCAGUCAGUGUAGAGCAAGAGGAUAAUAUACAUCGAUAAAUGAAUGUUUCUCAGUGUAUAUACGCUGAAAGUUUAUUCUAGGGAUUAAGGUAUUAUUGAGUGGUGAUGAACAUGUUACAUGACCCCAGUGUAGUUGAUAGGCUUUAAACCCAGUAAAUAAACCAACCAAUAAACCUUGUAGUUUCUUUGUUGACAAUUUUUUCAAGUUUCCAGUCUUAAUCUCCGCGAUAAGAUGUACAUUGUUGCAGUUUCUCCUUCAGCCCAUCCUCAACAAAUGUAUUUUUGUGUAUAAAAUAAUUUACAGUAUGUGAAGACCCAUCCUGCAUUACCAUGAAAUAUUCCCGUAAAAUACUGUUGUAUAGGCUGUCUGGUUAUUCAUAGUAAAUUUACAUAACUUUAGGUUAAUUAAUGCGACAUUACCUAAGAUAAUUUAAAUUAAUAUAAAGAGGAAGAAGCGGAUAUAGGUGUUAGAUCAGGGUAAAGAUGCAGGAACCAGGAAGUUAGUAUAUAUCUUAAAUAUGUACCCCAGACCCAUCCUGUGGGCGGUGGUCAAAAAAUUACAGAUAUAUAAUAGGUCUAGGGACUGGACCGCAAAGUUUUAAUAGCUGAACAAGUAACAGUAGUAAUGAAGUACUUACAUGUUUAUAUCUGGUUACAAUCAUAGUGAGUUAUUUAUGCAGACGUGACCACAUCAUCAGGUGGGCAGCCUACUAUGUUUUGUCCUGCUAUAUAUGAUGCUUCCCUCAUUAGUAAAAACUUUGCCACUACAUUUAUAUCGACCACAUUGUAGAAGAAAUGUAUUCUUGAUAUAUUUAUUUCUCACAUAUAUGGAGAUGACUUUAUAAAGUUAAAAUGCAUGAAGCUGUGCUUAUUGUCCUUCACCAUCCAUGAGUAAAGCCCAUCUUGCCGGAAGGGUAUGCAAAUUAACCAUAGUUAAAUAAUAACAAGCAUUGAUAUUGUAACAGUCAUAGUGUUCACAGAAGUCGCACAAUGGACUUGUGACAACGUUUAUUAAUAAAAAUGAAUUUAAAGUUAUUGCAUGUGUUAGGCUGUGACUACUUUGAGCCUAUAUUCACCCAUCACUAAAUUGUCAAGACUCAAAGAUAUGCAAAUACAAAAUGUAUAUAUUAAGUAAUCACGUACAGAAUGUCGGUUGGCUAUUAAAAUCAAUUAUAUUUCUAUAAAAACAAGAAAUUCCAACAAAAUUCCAUGUGACGGUCUUCAUCUUGUCUCAUUUUUCUCUUAAGAAUUAAUAAAGACAUCCUGACAUAAUGUUUUAAAUAAAACAGUUCUGAUAACAGUAACAUAUAAAA